UUGUUCAGAGCAAUGAAGCUUUAACAACAAUUUGGAUUCUUAUAACUGAAUCUGUGCUGUUACAGUCAAACAAAACUUCCCCAGACACUGAGAUGGUCGCUUUGUUUCUGCUCGUGUGCAUCUCACUGAAGCUGUUCCUUCAGACUCAAGGUCAAAACAUCCAAAAAGCAAAGAUUUAUGGUAUAUCCAGAGAGAUUCCAGAAGGAAGUGACCUUGAGGUUACUUGCAGCACGUUUGGUUAUACAGAAAAGAUUGUUUAUUUAUAUCUGUGUCAAAACGGGAAAGCUAUAGAAAUGAAAAGGCAAUGCAAUCACCAAGACACAGUCUUUAGAAUACAGCAUAUAGAAAAGAACAAGACAGGAAAUUAUAGCUGUGUGUUCUCAGAAGAUCGUUUGAAAACAACCGAAGUGAUGGAAUAUGGCGAAAACCACAUCUUCAUAAAUGUGACUGAAUCUAAGACUUUAAUUCCUGCUGAGAUACAUUUACUUGAGUCUGAAGUACAAGAGGGAAGUGAUGUUGAGUUCACCUGUACACCAUCAAAGCCUUUAAACAGAACCCAGAACAGACAGUUGAUUUUAGCAAUUUUAAUCAAAAAUGGAACGAAUGGCUUUGUAGUCAGUAUUUUGGACCCAAAGGAGACAAUGGCAACAUUCACGCUCAGAAAAGUCGGGAAGGAUGUUGCUGGAACAUACAGUUGUGUUGUGACGUUGAACACAUUCUUUCAUCCAGAAAAGUGGGUCUAUGGAAAUAAUGUAGACCUUCACAUAACAGCUGCACCUGUGGUGUACUGUAGCACUGGAGAGGUCAAAAUACUCAUAGUGUCUUUAAUCGUAUUGUUGUUCAUCAUUCUGUUACUGGGAAUUUUGGCAAUGAUUAGAAAGCAAGGACGUCUUGGAUGCCUUAAUAAAAGAUGUUUGGAGAAUGAGGGGGAGACCAGAGAAGUAGUCAGAGUACGCCAUGAAGAAACAGGUGAAGCUGAAGCUGCUUGUGAAAUACAAAGUGUCAGGAAUGCUGUAAAUGUGCACAGUGAGGUCUCUGAGUGGGAUAAGUUCUCUGAUACUGAUGAAGAACUGAAUAUUUAUCAGAACUUUGAGACUUACAGACCCAGUUCCUGUUGCCAUGAAGCUCAUCACACCACUGAUUCACUGGCCUCCCUUCAACGUGAUGCCCAGCCGAUGUCUGUCCAACGACCACCGGCCCCGCCCAUCCCCGUUUAA